AGGAUUUGGAACUUUGGGAUUCAGAUCCAGAAGAAUUUGGUAAGUUUUAGAUUUCGUAAUUUUUUGAGAUCCUAUAGCUUAACCAAAAAUUAUGAGAUUGGAAAUUACAGGGCCUUUUUUAACUGUAUAACUGGGGCAGCCAAAGCCCCCAGCCCCCAUGGUGGCCCCACAGUCACACCCCUCCCCCUAGGGGUGGAAAAAUACGAACAUUUUCUGGGAGGGGGAUACGACACCACACCUAACUUUUUGUCACCAAUAACCAUUUCUAGUCUCCACACUCAGUAAGGUUGAUGCACCUUUUUCUGUUGAUGCCCCCUCCCAACUGGUGAAUUCUUAAAAAAGGCCCUGUCUUAUUACUUGGCCUUCUAUAUAUGCAUCACAUGUGAUUUUUGUAUGAUAUCUUCACAGACAACGAAGAAAUCGGCGAAUCUUGGCGUUACCAGUUAAGGGUAUGAAAUUAAUUUUGUUUAAAUACGACGAUAUCCACAAUUUUAAACUUUUGAUCAAUAUGGUAAACGUAAAAUUAUUUUAUAUUUCAGCCAAGUACGGAGAAGCUUUUACUUUCAUUAUUCAAAGAGUUUCGCCCUCUGGUGACUCCAGUCAUUGUUAACAUCAUAACUUCCGUACAAAGUAAGUAAAAUUCUCAAAAUUUAUUAGGCACUUGUCCAGGGUUCGUACAAAACUUGAAAGUCCUUGAAUGUCCUUGAAUUUGAAAACAAAAAUUCAAGGCCUUGAAUGUCCUUGAAUUUGUAAAGAAGUACUUUGAAAGUCCUUAAAUUUUUCUUGCUUUAGUUUUUGGAUAUUUUCUGAAAUUGUUUGACAUUCAAGACGGACAUUUUGUUGAACUGAUUUUGCAUGUUCAUAUCUGACCUCAUUAUAAAGUUACGUUUUGAACAAUUCAACGUCAGAUUUUGCUGAUUUCUAACGCCAGUAUUUAGUCCUUGAAUUUGCUGAUACAUGGCCUUGAAUGUCCUUGAAAAGUCCUUGAAUUUGACUCUUCCUUCCAUGUACGAACCCUGAGUGUUGUCUUUAAUAAUAUAAAAUUUACAAUAUACAAAAAGGCAAGACCAAUACACAAUAAACUAUUUUGUCUUUCAGCAUCAUAGCUAAAAAACUAUAAAACACAUUAAUGCGAAAAUGUAUGGGACUAAUUCACAUUACCCAAGGAGAAAUUGAUUAAAUUUUGGUGAAAUUUGAAUGUAAAUUGAAUGAGAAAGUAGCAAAACGUUGUCCAGCUUUCCUGGCAGAGCAAAUUGAAUACGUAAUUAGCUCAUUGUAUAAUUUUGCAUGAUGCAUUACUUAAUUCGCUGUUGUGUGCGGGGUUUUCUCAUUUAUUGUGAGUUAUAUAUGGCAAUUUUAUAAAAUAAACUUGUUCAUUAAUUAUAUUUUUUUCUGUACACAGAUUUACCAGCAAGUGAAGAUUUUGGAAUUUUGGUGCAGAAGGAAGCAGGUUUGGGAGAGUUUUCUGUGCAAGUUUUUUUGUCAAUUUCCAGUAGUUAUUAAUUAUUUGUUCUCUUCUGUUAACUUUUCCAGUUUAUAAUGUUGCUGGGUUAUGCUCGUAUGAUCUGUUCGACGAGAUAAACUUUGAAGAAUGGUUCUCGCAAGGCUUGGUAAAAGAACUGCAGAAUAAAUCACCCAAGUAAUUGUUUAUAUUUUGCUAUAUAUUUUGUAAACACUAUAUAUUAGUCUUUACUGAGGGGGUCUUUAUACUCUCUAAGAAGUCAUUUUCGGAAACGAAGUCUCUUAAAUGUGUGUUUUUUUUCAAUUCCUAGCUACAGGAUUAUUCGUCGUCGAGUGAUCUGGCUUAUAGGAAGGUGGAUAAAUGUGAAGCUAUCUCCUCCAUAUCGUCCAACGUUGUAUGAAAUUAUCAUCAAUCUCAUGAACGAGUCGGAGGAUUUGGUGGUCAGUAUCGUUACCAAUAAAUACUAUCGCCUGUAUUCUAAAAGCUCACACUCAAUGAGUGGAGGUUCAAUCUGAGCUUCUCUUGAGUGUCAAUGCUGUUUUUGAAUAGCCGAAGGGUGAGUAGUUACCGAGUAAGGUAUGAUACUAGCCCUCCAGCUAUUCAACUGAAAACAGCAUUGACACUCUAGAGAAGCUCAGAUGGAACCUCCACUCAUUGAGUGUGAGUGAGCUUUUAGAAUACGGGCGAUUGACUCGAUGUAAAUUUUGUAACAUUUGUGUGGAAUAAACAAGAUAAAAUUUGUUUUAAUUUCUUUUUUCAUUUAGGUUAGGCUUAAUGCAUCUAAAACGUUGCAAUCUGGUAUCCUUUUCAUAAAGAGCACUCUAAAAUAAGCAAAGCUUUCGACCCGGAAGCUUGCAGCUUCAUCAGUGCAAGUAAAUAUUUUGUUGUUGUUGUUGUUGUUGUUGUUAUUUUUUUCUUGACAAGAGAUUUAGCUGUGGAUGAUUUUGAAUUUAGAACUGAGGAAUUUUUGCCGGUAAGGGCAGCAUUCCAUUUAGGCGUUUUUCAUAUGCACGAAAAAGUUUCAAUCCAUUGUUAAUGUGAUGUUAUUUAUGAAAUGACUUAAUGAAUCACCGGGAAAAAAUGUGAAAUCCAUACUAUGAAAUUUACAAUUGCACCACUAAAUCCAUAGUAUAUCCAUACUAUUUCGAUACUACUGUAUAUCCAUACUAUGGAAAUAUACAAUUAUUAUGGAUAACCAAAAUCCAUUCUAUUUCCAAUGAAGGUCCACACAAUUUCCAUUCUAUGGCUUUCUAUGGAUUUUCAAUUUUUUUCCAGUUGUAAUAGUAAACAUUGCAUAUAUAGGUAUAAUUAUAGACGGAAUUAUCGUCAGUUAUCGUCAUUUAAAUUCAAUCUCGGUAAUAUUUUGUGUUUCAGUAUUUAGAAGCAAGUGUUUCUCUUCUGUUUAAACUUCUGUGCGAUGCCAAAGAAUGUGACACAAAGGUAUGGUUCCAAUACGGUGCGCUGGACCUAGUUCAUGAUGGGCGUGUUAGACAUAUAAUGUGUUUUGCAAAUUACUAACCAUCGCCCUUCUCUAUAGAUGCACAUUUUAUUCGUUAUGUCGAUGGUUAUUGAACGAGUUGGGCCAAAGGUGAAGCCUAACUUUUUUGUGUGGCUACUUUUUUUUUAACUUUGUGUUAACUACUAGUCUAGAACAUUAUAAAAAAUUCCUGGAAUUACAAAUCGUCUGUUGGUAGCACAGUGACAGUACAUGUACCUUUCUGCAUUGUCUGAUUAUAAUUUUACCUCGGUCAUGUGUGAAAGAAUGUCAGUAUGACUCUACCAAAUACCACAGGUUUUCUUCGGUCGCAACAGUUUCCCCCUGUAGUAACACUGGAUCAAUAAGAGAUGAUCUUUACAGGACCUCUAGGAAGAACAGUUUAGAACUGAUAGAGCAAUCUAGUAUAAAUAAAUAAAGUUAGUUUAGUUUAGGUUUCCUCCUGUAGUAACACUGGAUCAAUAAGAGAUGAUCUUUACUGGACUUCUAGGAAGAAUCCAGUAUAAAUAAAGUUAGUUUAGGUUUCCUCCUGUCAAUGGAUCAAUAAAAGAUGGCUCGUAUACUAGACCUGUAUGGAGAACACUUUAGAACUGACAGAGUUAUUCGUAUCAAUGAAGUUUAAAUAUUUUAUGUUUCAAUGACUUUUAGAUCAGGCCAUACGUCGCAUCAUUAGCUGGGUAUCUUCCCAAACUAUGGAUUGAAUCCGAAGAACACAAUAUGCUACGAUGUUCGAUUCUUACUACUCUCACUUUUAUAGUUAAGG